AGCACCAUCAUGGCCAAGCCCUAUGAAUUUAACUGGCAGAAGGAAGUCCCUUCCUUUAUGCAAGAAGGAGCUGUUUUUGACAGAUAUGAGGAGGAAUCCUUUGUGUUUGAGCCCAACUGUCUCUUCAAAGUGGAUGAAUUUGGCUUCUUUCUGACCUGGAGAAGUGAAGGCAAGGAAGGACAAGUGCUAGAAUGUUCCCUCAUCAACAGCAUUCGGUUGGGAGCCACACCCAAGGACCCCAAAAUCUUGGCUGCACUCGAAGCUGUUGGGAAAUCGGAAAACGACCUGGAAGGGCGGAUAGUGUGCGUAUGCAGUGGCACAGAUCUGGUCAACAUCAGUUUCACUUACAUGGUGGCCGAAAAUCCAGAAGUAACUAAGCAAUGGGUAGAAGGCCUGCGAUCAAUCAUACACAACUUCAGAGCCAACAACGUCAGUCCCAUGACCUGCCUCAAGAAACAUUGGAUGAAAUUGGCAUUCAUGACCAACACAAAUGGUAAAAUUCCAGUUAGAAGUAUUACGAGAACAUUUGCAUCAGGGAAAACAGAAAAGGUCAUCUUUCAGGCGCUCAAGGAGUUAGGUCUUCCCAGUGGAAAGAAUGAUGAAAUUGAGCCUGCGGCCUUUACUUAUGAAAAGUUUUAUGAAUUGACACAGAAGAUUUGUCCUCGAACAGAUAUAGAGGAUCUUUUUAAGAAAAUCAAUGGAGACAAAACUGAUUAUUUAACGGUAGACCAAUUAGUGAGCUUUCUAAAUGAACAUCAACGAGAUCCUCGACUGAAUGAAAUUUUGUUCCCAUUUUAUGACACGAAAAGAGCAAUGCGGAUAAUUGAGAUGUAUGAACCUGAUGAAGAUUUGAAGACGAAAGGCCUCAUAUCAAGUGAUGGGUUCUGCAGAUACCUGAUGUCCGAUGAAAACGCCCCCGUCUUCCUAGAUCGCUUAGAACUUUACCAAGAGAUGGACCAGCCGUUGGCGCAUUACUUCAUCAGUUCUUCCCACAACACCUAUCUCACCGGCCGGCAGUUUGGUGGCAAGUCCUCAGUGGAAAUGUACAGACAGGUUCUCCUGGCGGGCUGCAGAUGUGUUGAACUUGACUGUUGGGAUGGGAAAGGUGAAGACCAAGAACCAAUUAUAACCCACGGAAAAGCAAUGUGUACAGAUAUCCUUUUCAAGGAUGUGAUUCAGGCCAUCAAGGAAACUGCGUUUGUCACAUCGGAAUAUCCUGUAAUCCUGUCCUUUGAAAACCACUGCAGCAAAUAUCAACAAUACAAGAUGUCCAAAUAUUGCGAAGAUCUAUUUGGGGAUCUCCUGUUGAAACAAGCGCUUGAGUCACAUCCACUUGAACCAGGCAGGCCGCUGCCUUCUCCCAAUGACCUCAAAAGAAAAAUACUCAUCAAAAAUAAACGCCUGAAACCUGAAGUUGAAAAAAAGCAGCUGGAAGCUUUAAAGAGCAUGAUGGAAGCUGGAGAAACGGCGUCACCGGUCAACAUCUUAGAGGAUGAUAAUGAAGAGGAAAUAGAAUGUGCUGACCAAGAGGAGGAAGCUCACCCUGAAUACAAAUUUGGACAUGAACUUGAUGACUUGAGUCACAAGGAAGCAGUUGCCAACAGCGUCAAGAAGGGCCUGGUCACUGUGGAAGAUGAGCAGGCGUGGAUGGCAUCUUAUAAAUACGUAGGUGCUACCACUAACAUCCAUCCGUAUUUAUCCACCAUGAUCAACUACGCGCAGCCAGUAAAGUUCCAGGGUUUCAAUGUGGCUGAAGAACGCAAUAUCCAUUAUAACAUGUCUUCUUUUAAUGAGUCGGUCGGUCUAGGCUACUUGAAGACACAUGCAAUUGAAUUUGUGAAUUAUAACAAACGGCAAAUGAGUCGCAUUUACCCCAAGGGAGGCCGCGUGGAUUCCAGUAAUUACAUGCCUCAAAUUUUCUGGAACGCUGGCUGUCAGAUGGUUUCGCUGAACUAUCAAACGCCAGAUUUAGCGAUGCAAUUGAAUCAGGGAAAAUUUGAGUAUAAUGGAUCCUGCGGGUACCUGCUUAAGCCAGACUUCAUGAGGCGACCUGAUCGAACAUUUGAUCCUUUCUCCGAAACUCCUGUUGACGGGGUUAUUGCGGCCACUUGCUCAGUACAGGUCAUAUCGGGUCAGUUCUUAUCAGAUAAGAAAAUUGGCACGUACGUAGAAGUGGACAUGUACGGCCUGCCCACCGACACUAUCCGUAAGGAAUUCCGAACUCGGAUGGUGAUGAACAAUGGUCUCAAUCCCGUUUACAAUGAGGAAUCAUUUGUCUUUCGGAAGGUCAUCCUCCCGGACUUGGCUGUCUUGAGGAUAGCAGUGUAUGAUGACAACAAUAAGCUCAUCGGCCAGCGGAUCCUCCCCCUGGAUGGCCUCCAGGCAGGCUACCGACACAUCUCUCUCCGAAAUGAAGGGAAUAAACCUUUAUCACUGCCAACUAUUUUCUGCAAUAUUGUGCUUAAAACAUACGUGCCUGAUGGAUUUGGAGAUAUUGUGGACGCACUGUCAGAUCCAAAGAAAUUUCUUUCAAUUACAGAAAAGAGGGCAGACCAAAUGAGAGCGAUGGGCAUUGAAACCAGCGACAUAGCUGAUGUGCCCAGCGACACUUCUAAGAAUGACAAGAAAGGCAAAGCAAACACUGCCAAAGCAAACGUGACCCCACAGAGCAGCUCGGAGCUGAGACCAGCCACUGCGGCCGCCCUGGGGACGGGCGUGGAGGCCAAGAAAGGCAUUGAACUCAUCCCUCAAGUGAGGAUAGAAGAUUUAAAGCAGAUGAAGGCUUACUUGAAGCAUUUAAAGAAACAGCAGAAGGAGCUGAGCUCUCUAAAGAAGAAACAUGCAAAGGAACACAGCACCAUGCAAAAGCUCCACUGCACGCAGGUGGACAAAAUGGUGGCCCAGUACGACAAAGAGAAGUCAAGCCACGAGAAAAUCCUCGAGAAGGCCAUGAAGAAGAAGGGGGGAAGUAAUUGUCUCGAAAUGAAGAAAGAGACCGAAAUUAAAAUUCAGACACUGACAUCAGAUCACAAAUCUAAGGUCAAGGAGAUCGUGGCCCAGCACACCAAAGAGUGGUCAGAAAUGAUCAACACCCACAGCGCCGAGGAGCAGGAGAUCCGCGACCUGCACCUGAGCCAGCAGUGCGAGCUGCUGAGGAAGCUGCUUAUCAGUGCUCACGAACAGCAGACCCAGCAGCUCAAACUGUCCCAUGACAGAGAAAGUAAGGAAAUGCGAGCCCACCAGGCCAAGAUUUCCAUGGAAAACAGCAAAGCCAUCAGCCAAGAUAAAUCCAUCAAGAACAAAGCAGAACGGGAAAGGAGAGUCAGGGAGUUAAAUAGCAGCAAUACUAAAAAGUUUCUGGAAGAAAGAAAGAGACUUGCAAUGAAGCAGUCGAAAGAAAUGGAUCAGUUGAAAAAAGUCCAGCUUGAACACUUAGAAUUCCUGGAGAAACAGAACGAGCAGCUUUUGAAAUCCUGUCACGCAGUGUCCCAAACGCAAGGCGAAGGAGAUGCAGCAGAUGGUGAAAUUGGAAGCCGAGAUGGAUCGCAGACCAGCAACAGUGGUGUGACGCUACAAAAUGCAAACUGAGACAGCACAACUCCACAGCAUCGAAAUACCCCUCCAGACGUCUGAACCCCUGUCCCGAGGGAGAAAGCCGUUUUCUUCUGUGUUUCCUGUCUGUAUAGACAAGGUGUCUCUGUGACCUGGAGACUUGGAAUGACUUAUGUACCUCCCGCUUAACAUUUGGAGUAUUGAAUUCCUUUGGCCAACCAAAAGUAGCUACUACAAUUCUAUACGUGCACACAAAAACUAAUAUUCCAAUAUGGCAGAGUGUAACCAAUGAUAAUCCAACUUAAACAUGUUUUGCUGUACAAUAUCAUCACAAGUAGGCGAGCUUUGUGUCAACAACUCCGCUUUGUGAUGCAUUAGGACAUGUUUGAGCUGCAGCAGAAAUAGUGCAUUAGCAAUUUAAUAGCAAGUGCAUGCACUAGUUACAAAAAAUAGACAACAACUCUGUCCACAAAUGAUCAGCAGCAGAGGUGGUGGCCUGCUGGACAAAGAAUUUCCAGAAUUUUCCCUACAUCUCAGUCAGUGCCAUGUCUCUACCACGCCAUACAAAACGCACAUCCUGUAAAAGUCGUGGAAACUCCUAGAACACUAGAAAAUUAGAGCAGUGUUACCUGUGCCGAGACUACUCAGUGCGCAGAGGGGAGCUCUGUGAGGCAAACGUCAAAGCGUUUACAUCUGACCUUGCUUUCUAGGAAUUGCUUCUGCUGACUCCAGUCGUUCUGGUUCACCAUUAUGUCCUAAAGAUAUGAAGUGGCUAUUGGCAGCCCUGUGUAAAUGUGAUCAUGUAUAAAGUAUUUAUAAUCUUUAACUCACACUGUUGUGGAGCAAAAUCAUCUACGUAUUGCCACGUUGACAAGAUUAGUAAACAGGAAUACUAGAACUAUGUUUGCAUGAUACACAAGCACCGAUUCAGACUAAUCCGUACAGGCACAGUUAAUCUAACGCCAAAUAAAUACUGGUUAAAUCAAUGUAUGGCACAGAAAACAUCAGUUGACUCAAGACUUUUAGCAUACUUUAAAAAAAAAAGUAUAUAUAUGUGUAUAUGACUUACGUGGGCAUUCUUGAUACUUCGAGUUCUAGUUUGAAAAAAGAUACAUAACUAAUUUAAUUUUACACAAAAAAUAUUUAUGCAGAUUUUCAGAGUUUCAUAUCAGGAAAUAACCUUUUUACGUCUGUUAAAUAUCCAAACAAUUUGCAACAGUGUUAUCGUGCAUGGUCUCCACGCCUGCUGUAGUUACAUUGCAGACAGUGCAUGACGAAGUAUUCCUUUGGGAAUCCGACCAUGCCACCCACACCGGAGGAGUGCAUGGGAACCUGAUAGUCUAGAACUAAUCAGAUGACUGAUUGUCGUACACCAAAUGCCGACCAAAUUGUUGUAUAUGCGUGUACAAACUGAUUCAGUGUGUUCCGUUGAACAAAGCAGAGCAAAUUAUGUUACCAUCAAUGUUGAAAUUAAACUUCCAACUUCUCUAAUAAAAAAUUAAAACAC